AUGGGUUCUCACAUCCUCGACUACGUGCUUCGUGCGGCAGAGGCACUUACACUCACUCGUGCCGCCACGAUUCUCUUAGUAUUGACAUCAGGCUACAUCACCUACCAGGUCUUCUUCCACCCUCUAGCCAAGUAUCCUGGCCCAUUCAUCGCCAAGCUCACGGACUUUUACAGCGUCUACUACGCCAUCACCGGCACUGGUUCCCACACGCUCUAUGAUCUGCACGCCAAACAUGGCCAAUUUGUCCGCAUUGGUCCAAACCAAAUGUCUGUCUGCUCAGCUGUCGGGCUUGACGCAAUCUACGGCGCGCAGGCAAACGUGAAGAAAGGUACUUGGUACAGGUCCUCCUUUGGAACCUCCAUGUUCAACGCCAUCGACAAGAACAUCCACGCCCGCAAGCGCAGGGUCAUGUCUCAUGCUUUUUCUGACAAGUCUAUCCGCGACAUGGAGCCAUAUGUGGUUGGUGCCAUUCGCAUAUGGUCAAGAUCCCUCGUCAACAACACCGCUGAAGAUGAUCCUGCCCCCGAGACGCCGGAGGGUUGGUCACCUCCACGUAACAUGUCUAGGUAUUCGUCAUUCAUGAUCUUUGAUGUGAUUGGCGAGAUCUGUUUUGGUGAAUCCUUCCGAGCAAGUACUGUACCGGACAAUCGCUACUUUGUGGAGCUGCUGCCCAAGGUUGUAAAAGCGUUUAAUAUCCCCGGCCAGAUGCCUUUUCUUCAGCAAAUCAAUGUGGCGGACGUCGCUCUGUGUGGGCUGGCGAACCUUCGUGCAAAACAAGUCGCAUUUUGCAAAGGGGCGUUGGGCAGGCGAUUAGCCCUUGGAACGACCUCGGGAAGAAAGGACGUGUUCCACUUCCUCCUCGAGGCAAGAGAUCCCCAGACUGGCGAAGGGUUUACAAAUGCCGAGCUCAUGUCCGAGUCAACGUCACUACUUGGCGCAGGGUCCGAUACAGCCAGCACGGCACUUGCGUCUUUCUUCUACUUUUUGGUUCAUAAUCCAGACAUUCUGGAGCGGGUGACCAAGGAGAUACGAGACAAGUUUACAGAUGUGGAGGAGAUUGUCAACGGGCCUGAUCUCAAGUCGCUGACCUAUCUUCGCGCAUGUAUCGACGAAGCCAUGCGUCUGUGUCCCCCUGUUCCUACUGGCUUGAAACGCGAAGUGCUACCUGGAGGUCUUGUGGUUGAUGGGGAGUAUUUCCCCGCUGGGUGUAUCAUGUCUGUACCGCUGUACGUGCUGCAUCAUAGCCCAGAGCACUUUAAGAACGCGUUCAAGUUUGAACCUAGCCGAUGGCUGAUUCGAGGAUCGGAAGUGUCACUGGACGGGGAGGGCGUUACUAAGGAAGAACUGAAAAUCCAAAAGGCAGCCUAUGCGCCCUUCAGCACUGGACCAAGAGCUUGUAUCGCACGCAAUUUGGCCAUGAUGGAGCUUCUCAUUGGCGCAGCAAGAGCGCUCUGGCUUUAUGAUGUCCGGCUUGCACCAGGCUCUGAAGAUGUGGCGGUUGGUAGAGAGGGCGAGUUUGACUUUAAGGAGCAGUUUAUCAUGCGCAAGAAUGGGCCGAUUGUCCAGUUUAAGUCGGCUCACUAG